AUGAUAACUGAUCGCCCGUUGCUCCACUACACCCUGGAGACCCUGCUGCUGAAGGGCAUCACGUCCGUGGAGGGCAGGGCCAUCUGCAGGCACUGCAGCGCGCAGGCGUCUAUUCCGUACGAUCUGGAGUCGAAGUUUCGGGAGAUCCGCGCGUACGUCGCGGCCAACAUCCACACCAUGGACGACCGCGCUCCGGAGCAGUGGCUGAUCCCGCGGCUGCACAAAUGCGACGCGUGCGGGAAGGAGUCGUGCAUGUGGCCGCUGAUCCCCAACGAGAAGCGCGAGAUCAACUGGCUGUUCCUCUUCCUGGGCCAGAUGCUGGGCUGCUGCACGCUGGAUCAGCUCAAGUUCUUCUGCAAGAACACCCGCAAUCACCGCACCGGCGCCAAGAACCGCGUCCUGUACUACGCAUACAUCGAGAUGUGCUUGCAGCUCGAGCCAAAGGGACCGUUCAAUGUCUGA